AUGUUUGACCUUCCCGUAUCUCCGCAACAGGCCACAAUGGAGGAUGAGUUUGGCAACGUGAAUGCGGGCAUAUUCCAACUCUUCGCUAACCGCCUCCAUUCCCAAGCCAAACAGUUAAAGAACGCCCUCGGAAAUCUCGUCUCAAGCCUGCCUUUCAAACAGAAACAACCCAAAGAAAGCGAAGCUGAUGUACCCGAAACAAGCUCCAACGACGCGGACUUUGAAGAUGACCAGCCACUCACCCGGGACGUUUACAACCUCCAUAAGAUGAUCGUUGUCGUUACUUCCAUUGGCAAGGUUUUUGGCAUGGAGAGCGCCAAGGGCCAAAUCAUGUGGUCUUACCUGGUACCGGACGCACAAAAAUUUAACAAUGGCGCCCCCGCUCAACUCUUCCUGCAACGUACUACCGGCCACUUUCCCCUGCGCCCCAUUGCAUCAGUUCUGCUCCAGUCCAAGGUACAAAUACCACCUUUUUGGCUUAUGCACUUUUCUUGUCCCAACAAAUACUACAGUAGGUGCACUAUCUCAUGA